AAACCCAUUCUCAGCUGUAUUACCAAAGGAACAAAAAAAAAAGCCACCCCAGCAUUUGGCAUUUGCUUUAAAGCCUUCUUCCCUCUCUCAACAAAACAGCUGAAAUAUCGGCCAACAGGUAAUUCUCCCAAACCCAAUAGUUCGGAGCAUCCGAAAAGUAAAAAGGUUCAGGGUUCCUCAUAUUUGGUUUAAUUAGUAAAACAGUUAAAAGGAAAGGGUAGAGUUUGUGGAAAGUGAGAUGCCAAUGGCGGCGGGGCUAGCAUCGCCGAGGGAACGGUCUCAAGUGGUGGGGCCUGCGGUCGUACCGAUGAUGCAAGCUGUUCCGGUUGUUGCUGACGUUUUGGCUAAGGACACAAUCAUUUCUUGGUUCCGAGGGGAAUUUGCAGCGGCCAAUGCCAUAAUCGAUGCGCUUUGCGGCCACAUGGCGCAACUUCAUGGAGGAGGAGAUGAAGGAUCGGAGUACGAGGCGGUGUUAGCGGCGAUCCACAGGAGGAGGGUGAACUGGAUUCCUGUGUUGCAGAUGCAGAAGUACCACUCCAUUGCUGAUGUGGCGGUGGAGCUGAAAAAGGUGGCUGCCAAGAAGCUUGGAGGAGGAGAUGUAGUUGACAAGGAGGAACUGAAAGGUGGUGGCGGAGUAGAAAACGAUUCUUUGGGUGAUGAGAAAGAGAAGGAGAAAGAGAAAGUUGCCGAGAAAGUGGUGGAAAAUGAAGGAAAUGCGGAAGUUGGUGAUGCGGAAGAAGAAGAAUCCUCUGAAUAUGAUAUUAAUGAUUCAGGAUCUCAGGAAGUUGAGCAUGUUGAGGAAAACAUUGACAUUUGUUCUAACCAUGAAGAAUGUGAUGCACGCCCUUCUCAGAUCAAGUUGACGAAAGGUUUUUCUGCCAAGGAGCAAGUAAAAGGCCACUCAGUGAAUGUUGUGAAAGGAUUGAAGUUGUAUGAGGACGUGUUCACUGAUUCAGAGCUGGCUAAGCUGCAUGACUUCGUGAGUGAACUUCGAUCUGCUGGCCUGAAUGGGGAAUUGUCAGGGGAGACUUUUAUUUUAUUCAACAAACAAAUUAAAGGAAACAAGCGAGAGCUGAUUCAGCUUGGUGUUCCAAUUUUUGAACAUAUUACAGAACAGCCCACAAGUAACAACCAAGUCAAUAUAGAACCAAUUCCGGCUCUCCUCAAAAGUGUCAUAGAACACCUGGUCCAGUGGCAACUUCUACCUGAAUAUAAGAAACCCAAUGGUUGCAUCAUUAACUUCUUUGAUGAGGGUGAAUAUUCGCAGCCUUUUCUUAAACCACCACAUGUGGACCAUCCUAUAUCCACUCUUCUCCUCUCUGAAUCAACAAUGGCUUUUGGGCGCACUCUUGUGAGUGAUAGUGAAGGGAACUAUAAGGGGCCACUCCAACUUUCAUUGAAAGAAGGGUCUCUUUUAGUUAUGAGGGGAAACAGUGCUGACAUGGCAAGACAUGUCAUUUGCCCAUCUCUGAGCAAGAGGGUCAGCAUUACAUUCUUCCGAGUUCGGCCUGAUAACAACCAAGGUCAGUCACCACCAACUACCCCCCAGACUAGUGCCAUGACUUUAUGGCAACCAGGUUUCCCAGGUCCAUAUGCAAUGUCAAAUGAAGCUCUUAAUGGCUAUGAGGCACUGGAUAUGAUGCCGAAAUGGGGAGUCCUCCGUGGUCCUGUUGUCAUGCUAGCUCCUGUGCGCCCAAUGGCAGUGAGCCCCAGAAAACUUACUCGUGGUGGCACGGGGGUCUUCUUGCCCUGGACUAUGGGAUCAAGAAAGCCUCCUAAGCACCUUCCACCGCGUGCCCAAAAAGGAAGGAUGCUUGCAUUGCCUACUCCUGUUGAAACACAUGUAGCAGAGUCCACUUCUGAACCGGGCAUCCAUAUUGAAGGGAAAUAGGUAUAAGUUUAAGCUUGAGGCAGCCUUAGGGCCAAAGCAAUAUGAAUUGUCAAAGGCAUUGUUCAUGGGCACUUCUUGCUCUGAAAGAGCAUUUACUUACUGUAAAAAUGCGGCUCAAGCUUUUUAAGGGUUUGUUUGUUUUUCCCUUCAUUUUUUACUCUUUCUUUUUUCUUUUCCUCCACAAGGUUAGGUUCUAUCAAUUGCCACAAUAGGGGGCUUUAAAGGUAGUUGAGCUUUAAGUUGGAGUGUGAAUUAAGUCUACUAACGGACGGAAUUUUGUACUAAGUCAUUUAUAUUAAAUUUUCUUUUACAGACAGAUAUAAGUUAGUUUCUGGUUAUCUGUUUUAUAUGGGAUAGUGAAAAUUUGCUACUAGCGGUAGUGAUCAAAGUUUAUCAUCAAUUUUUUGAUUGAUAUUUUAAUUUUCAAACAAAUUUGUUUUUGAAGCAAAUCAAACAUGCAGUAGAUCCUCGUAUCUUCUUAUAGGUGUCUGUUUGGUUGCUUUUGAAACGUCACAGUAACACAUUUCGUUUCUUCUAAGUGUAAACUAUAGAAAAAGGCAAUGUGCUCUCAAAUUUUUGAA